AUGCAGAAAGCUACGACAUUAAAACAAUAUGAACAAGCACUUGAAUUUCAAAACAUUGGACCAAACGACUUAUCACAUCUAGCCCUGAUUUAUGAAGAUGUUGAUAAUAUUUAUUUAUAUUGGACGAAUUAUAUUAAAAUAUUAGAAUAUUCACAAGCAGCAUUUAAUAUGUAUGAAAAAAUUUAUCCCUCUAAUCAUUCAUCUAUAGCAAAUAUUUCUAUUCGUCUCGCGUGUUAUGAAGGAAUGUUAGAAUUGGAUAAAUCAUUUGAUAAUUAUCAGAAAUUAUUGACUAGAUAUAAAACAUAUUCAAAACAUGUUGAAAAUUCUGAUUUUCUUUCUGUUCAUAACAAGAUCGGGAAAUUGUUAGCUGAUAAAGGUCAGUUUGUUUUGGCUCGUGAACAGUUUCAAUCUGCAUUCAAUCAUGCUAUGGAAGAUCAAAAUAAAGAAGAGAUUGCAGAAAAUAAAAAUAUUGCAAUUUGUUAUUUUAAACAACCAGAUUUCAAUAAUUCUCUUGUUUAUUUUCAUAGAGCAUUGGAUAUAUACGAAAAUUCAAUGGCAAAUACUAUUUCAGAAGCAUAUUUAUAUGCAUUAUAUUGUAUUGGGCAAAUAUACAAAGAAAAAAAAACAACUUAA